AUGACAGAUACUAAUCCCAAAGCAGUAAAUGCUUAUCAUCAUCCAAACAUUCCGCCCUCAGAGAAAUCCGAAAUUGUCCCUCUGAAAGACAUUGUUCCCCCGAACAAGCCAAUCUCGAUAUCAACAAUCAUGUCAGACAAUUACGUAGGGGGUACAGCAAGAGUAGUAGACAUAGACAAUGUCAGGCAAUGUCAGGCAGUCUCAUCAAAACAUGCGAAACCACCUGUCGAAAGACAUUAA